AUGGCUUUUUAAGUCGAUUUCUCCAUUUUUUUCAAUAUACUCUAACAAGAUCCUCAUUAAAUUGAUGAAAUCCCGAAUAGAUUGACUCUAACUAAAUAAACCAUUCAUCAGAAUCUAUAUGAAAUACUUUAAAAUAAUUAUGAUAGGAUAAUUAGAGAAGCAGAUCAAUUAACUGAUAUGACUGAGGUAUUACAAAAUAUUUUGUCUUUUUCUAAAUAGCUAGAAUGUUAAUUUUAAUAAAGUUCAAUACUUAAGCAAAAAUUGAAGGAUAUAGAUGAAGAUGUAUAAAAUUAUUUUUAAGCCAAAUAAGACUUUAACGAAAUCAUUCAAGAUUAUAUAUCAGAUUUCUAAAAACAUUGUGAAAUGAAAUAAAUUAUUAAAACUAUUAGUAAAGAUGAUUUACCUCGAGAAAUAACUUUAAAUACUCUUUAAGUAUUUUUAUGAUGUUUAAUAGAAAUAUGCUUCUUUAACGAAAAAACUAGCUGAUUACUCUACUUUUUAAAACGAUUUAAUUGACUUAAUGAAAAUAGAAGAAAGAUUUAAAAUGUUUGAAUCAGAAGAAGAUUACUUAUAAUAUUAAUUAAUAGCUAAAAACAAAAGUUUCGAUCAACUAAAAGAAUCAUAAACAUCAUUACUAUGUCAUUUUUUCUAAAUGCUUGCUUAAUCCAUUAAAUAUUUAAGUAAUAAUUAUUUAUUGAAAUUUUAGUAUCUCAUUAAGCAUGCCCAAUAAUCCUAUUGUUAGAUGACAAUCAAAAUAUUAGUGAAGAACUUAUCUUACAAUAUAAAUAAACAAUCAUCUUGAAAAUCUAUGAUACAAUUCCAUCAUUAAUUGUGAUUGAUAAAGAAUAAUCAAAUGUUGAAAUUCUAUGUAUUUUUUCACAUAGAUUAAAAAUCAAAGUAUACUUGGAAAAUUAUAAAAAUUAUUUAAGCAACCUAAAAAGUAGUUAUAUGCUUAUGAAAAAUGAAUUUCUUUUAGAAUAAAUUUUUUUAAAAAUGAUAGGCAAAUUGAAGGAAAUUCGUAUGAUUUAGCAAUGUGGAAAUCCCAAAUUUGAAGAAAUGCUAAAAAGUACUCAGAAAAUUCUUUUAUAUCAACAAGACUUAUAAGAGUUAGAUUAUUUUUAGUUUUUAGAUUAAAUGGAUAUUGAAUUGUCUUGA